AUAUUGAAGUUAAAGAAAUUUUUUUAACGCAUGAUUGUUGUUUAUUAAAAGAUUGAAGCCCAUUUAAAAACAAAUUCUGUAUCUAUCUUUGUUAUUACCUUCAAUCGAGAUGAUGUAUCUAACAGCUAGCUUAACAAUAUGAUAAUCACAUAUAUUACAAAGUAAUAUCACAAUAUAACAGCUUUUAAAAAUAAUUUUAAAUUUUUCAAACGUAAUUAUUUUCAUUUCUUUAGAAUAUCUUUUACAGGGGAGCUAGAAAUUUCAUGUAAAUAUUCUUAAAUCUUCAAAGAGGUAUUGAACACAUUUAUUAGAUCCACAAGCGACAAAUUUCAUUAAUAUGUUUUGCAUAAUUUUCAACCCCUAAACUGCAUACUUUUUCACCCCUGUUCAAAGCUCAAUUUGCAAAAGCCCAAGCUUCCAAAGUUCACCAAUAGAUGGGGCGCUUAGUGCACAGGUCGAUCGUCUGGAUAAAGAUGUUAUAUUGCUAAGCACGUGGUGUUAAGCGAAACUGUUUAAAUUCCAACGGCACUUAAAACCAACACCCAGCUAAAAUGUCUGCCCCCAGGUUGUCGCUAAUUCAGCUUUUGCUCUCUAAUGCGUGGGACUCCCGGACGCCUCCAAAACACGAAGACCAUGUGCGACACGUCUCUGAGGUCAUGCGUUCAAAAUGGCAUUUAUCCGACACCUUUUUUUCAGGUGGUUGCUUGCUGUGGUGGGGUGAUAUUGCCGGGGUGGCGAUCUGCUUCCUGUCGCCAUUGCUUUUGUCCACGUCGAUGAUGUCAUAAAUGUACAUAUGAAUGCCACAGCAAACAAAACCGUAGCGUCUCUUCGGUAAAUGGCUUUACCGUUCCGGUGUUUCUCCCGCACAUGUCUGUAGAGUUAAGAAAUUAGUUCAUAAGUAUAAACUAGGUUAAGAUUGUAAUUAGUAUGUAAGUAUUGGUAACGGAGCACACGCAUGAUACGGUCACCCGUAAUGUGCGUACAGCCAGUUGAAUAAAGGCCACUAACGAGUACACAACAAAUUGGCGACGAGGAUAAAGUCAAAGAGUACAAAAGUCAAAUGGCGAAACAAGUGAUCGGAACAGUGCAGCCGUAUGUGUUUGGAGAGGAAAUAGAAAAUUACCUGGAAAGAGUGGAUCUUUUUCUGGAAGUGAACGACGUUGAAGACGACAAGAAAACGGGGUUCUUACUAACGAUUGGUGGCGCCGAAUUGUUCGAUGUGGCAAGGAAAGUGUGCUCGCCAAAAAACCCUAAGGAGAUAAAGUACGAUGUGCUUACAAAAACAUUAACAUCGCACCUAAAGCGCAGCACAAAUGAAGUGGCGGAACGUUACAAAUUCCGCUUGGUGUUUCAAAAGGAGCUAUCGAUAAACGAAUACAUUAUCGAAUUGAAGGCGGCCGCACAGUUGUGCAAUUUUGAGUCAUUCCUUGAAAAGGCGCUACGUGACCAACUAGUAGCCGGGGUCACCGACCAGGAGCUGAGAAAGAGACUUCUCUCAAAAAGUAUGCUCACAUACGAAAGUGCGUGCAAUGUGGCAUUGUCCUGGGAAGCAGCAAAGCGACAGAAUGAUGAGAUGAACCCAAAUGAAACACAAAAAGAGAUAGCAACAGUGCGAACCAAGGCGACCAGCACACCAGCUAGAUCAGCGUCGGAAGAGCAGGACGAAUGUAGGCAAGCGGAAAUGGCGGCGUUACGACGUACAAAAUGGAAUAAUUAUUCGCCUGCCGCACGUGGUGAGCGAAAUCGAGUAAGCAGAAGUACAAGAAGUGUAUUGUGUUAUCGGUGCGGUAGACAGCAUGAUCCAAAUCAGUGUCCAGUUAAAGCGUGGAAUUGUUAUGCGUGUGGUAAAACGGGACACGUCGCAUCGUGCUGCAGGAGCAAUCGAAAAGGCAUGAGAGCCUUCGAGGAGGAACAAGAGGAAGAAGGCGUAGAACAUAUGGAGAUGUACGACUAGAAUUUGAGAUUGAUUGUGGGGCCUGUACCAGUGUGAUACCAGAAGAAAUUUUUCGUAAAAAAUUUCACAAGCACGUUUUAGAAGAAACGUACGUUACGUAUGUAUCUGCGACCGGACAAAUAAUACGACCACUAGGAAAGUUUAAUGUAAAAGUACGAACUAAAGACGGGAAAAUAGGCGUAUUACAAAUUACAGUAAUUCCGGCACAAAGAAAAGUAAAUUGUUUGUUAGGAAGAGACGCCUUGGAUUGGAUGUUUCCCACCUGGCGAAGAGUAUUUCAAAUCAAUGCGCUAGAAUCAAAUCAAGAGUACAAUAUACUAAACGAAAUAAGAAAACAAUUCCCGAAUACUGUGAAUCAUAGUGAAAAUAGUAUGAUAACCGGUUUUGUAGCCAAUUUGAUUCUUAAACCAGAUGCAACACCAAUUUUCCAUAAGGCUUACACCGUACCGUAUUCCUUAAUCGAUGAAGUUGAAAAUGAUUUGAAUCAGUUAGUUAAAGACGGAAUAUUAGUUCCUACCGAAACGUCACAAUGGGCAAGUCCAGCUGUUAUAGUUAAAAAGAAAAAUGGUAAAGUUCGAGUUUGCCUCGAUGGCAAGGUUACCGUGAACAGAAUGUUAUCCACAACACACUACCCUUUACCACAUGUGGAUGACAUACUAUCCAAAAUUUCCAAGUGGAAAUAUUUUUGCAAAUUAGAUUUGACUGCCGCGUAUUUGCAAGUACCAUUAUCAAAAGCCUCACAAGAAAUAUGUACAAUCAAUACCCACAAGGGAUUAUAUCGUUAUACACGCAUGCCAUUUGGCAUCAGUUCGGCACCAGCUAUUUUUCAAGGAAUAAUAGAUCAAAUUCUGUUGGGGUCACCAGGAAUGGCCUACAUAGACGACAUACUAGUAGGAGGAGCGACGACAGAAGAAUGUAAACGCAAUCUUUUUCUGGUGCUAGAUAGGCUAAACAAGCACAGAGUAAAGUUGAAUUUAGAAAAAUCGGAAUUUUUUAAAUCUAGUAUUGAUUACCUCGGAUACAAUAUCUCGGCAAGCGGCAUAAAACCAAAUCUAGAUAAGGUUAAGGCGAUAGCGGAAGUGGCAAGCCCGAGAAACGUAAAUGAACUACAAGCAUUUUUGGGAUUAUUAAAUUUCUACCGUAGAUUCCUACCCAACUUGUCAGCUCAACUUUAUCCGUUACAUGCGUUACUAAAAAAGAAUACAAAAUUUAAUUGGGAUAGUAAAUGUGAGGAAGUUUUUCAAGAAACAAAACAAAUGUUAAUAAAUCAUAAAGUCUUAGAACCUUAUGACCCCAGUAAACCAAUAGUGUUAGCUGUGGACGCUAGUCCAUAUGGAGUGGGCGCGGUGUUGUCUCACGUCAUAAACAAAAUAGAAAAGCCUAUCGCAUUUGCCUCAGCUACACUUACCGAAGCGCAAAAAAAUUAUGCUCACGUACAUAAGGAAGCGUUAGCCGUAAUGUUCGGGGUAAACAAAUUUCAUAAAUAUAUAUUUGGGUUCAAGUUUAAGUUAGUAACCGAUAAUAGCGGAGUUAAAGAAAUUUUCAACCCAACCAGAGGAACUUCUUCGAUCGCAAUGGCUCGUUUACAAAGAUGGGCCUUGACCCUUUCAAAUUACGAUUAUGUUAUUGAACAAAGACCAGGUACAAUGAUGAGCAACGCAGAUGCUAUGUCAAGGCUUCCGUUAGUGGAAGCACCAAGUGUGGAAAAUAUUCAGUUAGGAAUAAAGGCGGUUCAAGAAAGUGGGCUAUUAAAUGAUGUUAGAAUACGUUACAAUCAGCAGGAAGACCCUUUGAUUAAAACAUUGUAUGAAAGAGUAAAAGGCGGCUGGACGCAUGAACCGGACUAUAGUUUAAAACCAUUCUUUAAACUCAAAACGCAUUUUGGAUUAGAAGACGGCAUUUUAUGUUUUAACGAUAGGAUAGUAGUACCGGAAAGCCUAAAAAGUCUGACGCUAACAAACUUACACCAAAAUCAUGAGGGUAUAGUAAAAAUGAAAAUGAACGCACGGCAGCACGUGUGGUGGAAAACCAUGGACAAGGAUUUAACAGAAUUUGUAAAAUCGUGCAAAGUAUGCCAGUUACGUCAAAUAGUGCCAAAAGAAGUAGUAGUAACUAAAUGGCCAAGCGUAGAAGGGCCUUUCCAAAGGGUACAUUUGGAUCUUUUUUAUAUAGAAAGCCGUACCUUACUCAUAAUAGUAGAUGCUUUUUCAAAAUAUAUAGACGUUAGACUAUUAAAUCUUUCGCGGGCGUCCGAUAUCAUAGAAAACCUAGAAAACUUUUUUGCAUGUUUUGGAUUGCCUCAGGAAAUCGUGACCGAUAAUGGUCCACCCUUUAAUUCGGUUGCUUUUGAAAAUUUUCUAAACGUGAGAGGUAUAAAGGUAUCGAAAUCACCCCCAUACCACCCACAAUCAAACGGGUUAGCGGAAAGAGCUGUUAGAACAGUAAAGGAAGUCAUCAAAAAAUUUAUGAUUGAUGAGAAAGUAAAACAUCUAUCCCUUACUAGGAAAAUCAAUAGAUUUUUAACAAAUUAUAGGAACACACCGUGUACUGUAACAAAAGUCACGCCAGCCUCACGAAUAUUUAGUUAUGUACCCACCACUAUAAUGAAUUCAAUGAAACCUAAAACGGGAGCAACACCUCUUAAAAAAUCAUCAAUGAAAAAGCAAUUUAGUAAACCUAACGUAUUUAAUACGUCGUAUAUGACAAAGACUGUAGAAUUUAAAGAAGGAGAAAAAGCCCUAUAUAGAAAUCAUUUUAAGGAAUUAUUUAGAUGGAUUCCGGUUACUAUUUACAAAAAACUUAGUAUUUUACGAUAUUUGGUAAACAUUAAUGGAAAUAUUAGAAUGGUACACGUCAACCAAUUGAAAAAGAAUUCUAAUUACGAACCAAUAACCUUGGCCCAACCGCAAACAACAAAAUAUGAAGAAGAAAAGGAAUUAUCAGAUAAAGUAAAACUAGAACCAAAACCGAGUAGAAAACGAGCCAGAAGCGAAUCGUCCUCACCGCCCAUUCGAAGAUCUGAGCGUUUAAAGGGACAACCUAGAAAAAAAUAUCCCAAAUAAGAACAAUAGUUUAGCGGGGAGAAUGUAGAGUUAAGAAAUUAGUUCAUAAGUAUAAACUAGGUUAAGAUUGUAAUUAGUAUGUAAGUAUUGGUAACGGAGCACACGCAUGAUACGGUCACCCGUAAUGUGCGUACAGCCAGUUGAAUAAAGGCCACUAACGAGUACACAACAAUGUCUUGCACGAAGUUUCCUUUCCACCAUUCGGAAGCGAAUCGUAGGAAAUGAAAUUCAUUCAAUUUUGUUCUUUGGUACUCUUUUGCGCCGGCGCUGGUCGAAACGGGAUGGAAAAGAUGGAGGAGAACUUUGCAGUAGUUGUGUGUUAGUGACUAAUCGAUCACUUCGUAAUCGGUUUGUUUACACUCAGCCCUGUAGCAUACGUUUCUGAUAACCCUUUAGAUAUUCGUGAUAUAACAAAGUUUUUAAUCAAAAAAACUUGUAUAAUUCAAACUUUGGAAGUUUUUUUGUUUCAUUUUAAUUUCAAAUCGUACUGUUUAUUGGAAUAGUUUGAAUAAAAGUAGCUUAAAUAAAAACUAUGAUUUAAAAAUAAUAUACCUAAGAGAGACAUACAUCUUCCCCUAAUUUAGUUAUCGAAUGGAAAUACCAACAUAAUUACAGCUCCUUACAACCAUAUGACGCCUGAAGUUCUUUUCCGUGUGGACGUGAAUACGCAUUCCAAUUCCACUCAAACCGGCUGACCAAUCAUCCGUUCACUCAAGCGCACAACAAUCAUUCCAGUUUGCUCUCGUCCGGACUCAUGCGCGUAUGCUUUCCCUUUCGACCCACGAAACGGUGUUCAUGCGAUGCAAUGUGGCGAAGCUCCAACGCACUACAAAACUCCAAGCGAGCGUCAACGAUUCCAUACCGACUCCUCCGCUGAGAUCUUGAGCGGCUUCGAACCUUCCACACUGUCGGCGUUCGUUGGCGCUCAUGAUCGUGACCCGUUCGCGACCGAUUGUUGGUGUUGGUGUGCAGGGGAUUUGCAUUAGCCACCAACAACCCCUAAACGUAAAGCUUUAAUCGCUGACGGCUACGGUUUGAUUUAGUAUUCAUCGAAUCAUCGCCAUUCGCGCGUCAUAUCGUGUUGUUUCGCUGGGCGAAGAAUUCAAUCAACAAUUAAAGUUGUAUCUUUGAACAAAUUUUAACCAACAUAAAAGUGUGUAGUUCCAGCUUAAAUCUUUAAGCCGCAACUGUUUUAAUUCGUGCACAUUUAGCACUGGUGGUAUUGUGGCGCUUAACAGUGUAACAACAGUGAGAGAGUGCUUGACAUCGUGUGCGGGUCGAUGCUUCUUCGACCUCCUUGUCGCGUUACUGUGCUACCUUGUGCGGCCAAAUGCUAAAGAAAAUUGUAUUUUCAUCUAGAUUUUCGCACCGUAGGCUACACUGAAGACUUGGAAAUCUAUUCUGAUAGUGUAAAGUGUUAUCGAAGCGAAUUAAAUUUUACAAUAUUCCAAAGAAAACGAUCAAAUCGGGACAAGUGAUUCCAAUAGAAUUUUGGUGUUUAAUUUUGCAUCUUAUUAUUGAAACUGCUCGAAAAUCGGAAUUUAUUAAGAAAUAAUAAUCAACAAAACUA